GCUCUUGCCGCAUUCAUGGUUUGCCCGCACAUAGCUUCCACUCCCAGAGCGUGCAAAUCAAGGACGAGUUAUCCACUUGACAAUCCAGCAGCUAACACGAAUAAGAAUCAGAGUUUGUUGGCUCUGCAUAAAGUGAUUAUGGUAGGCAGUGGUGGUGUAGGCAAGUCUGCACUAACAUUGCAGUUCAUGUAUGACGAGUUUGUUGAAGACUACGAGCCAACUAAAGCUGACAGUUACAGGAAAAAAGUUGUUCUGGAUGGCGAGGAGCUGCAGAUAGACAUCUUGGAUACUGCUGGGCAGGAGGAUUAUUCAGCCAUUCGGGAUAACUAUUUCCGUAGUGGGGAGGGUUUUCUUUGUGUCUUCUCGAUAACUGAGCAAGAAUCAUUUACUGCCACUGUAGAAUUUAGGGAACAAAUUCUCCGUGUGAAAGCAGAGGAAGAUAAAAUCCCAUUACUUUUAGUGGGUAAUAAGUCCGAUUUGGAAGAUCGGGGGCAAGUCUCUGUUGAAGAAGCAAGGAGCAAAGCAGAUGAGUGGGGAGUUCAAUAUGUUGAGACUUCAGCAAAAACUCGAGCCAAUGUAGAUAAGGUAUUUUUUGAUCUGAUGGGAGAAGUCCGAGCAAAGAAAAUGUCAGAAAACAAAGAUAAAAAUGGAAAGAAGAGCAGCUGAAACAAAAAGAGCAUCAGAGAACGAUGUUGCAUUCUGUGAAUAUUUUUGUGUGGGUGGGUUGAUACUCAGCAAUUUGAACUUGGGCACUUGUAUUUAUUUAGCCACUUGGUUUGUUUAUAAUUGGUCACUGUUUAUUUUAUAGUAAAACAGUGUUAAUUUUGAAUAUUGGGUAAUGCUGGAUACAUUGCCAGUGCAUUGCUCUUUGAACUGUCAAAUAUGCUGUAUCCUUUAGACCUAAUCAAGAUUUGUAUUUCUUUGCUGUUUUUUUCUCGGUCAUUUAACUUUAAACAACUGCUCAUAUCAAUUAUAACAUGCUUCCAUCUCCCAUUUAAAUUGAUUGCCUGAUUUAUUUGUCCAUUUGUGAAUUAUUCAGAGCCACUGUACAAAAUUACUCUGGGAAAUUACAGGGCAGAUUUCGAAUACUUCGGAGUAAUGAGGCAGGUUUAUAAAAAGGCAGCAUUGUGAGCCUGUUGUUCUUUU